UCACAUAGAGGAAGCAGCCAGCUACACCCUAACGUCACAAUCCUCACAUAGAGGAAGCAGCCAGCUACACUCUAACGUCACAAUCCUCACAUACAGGAAGCAGCCAGCUACACCCUAACGUCACAAUCCUCACAUAGAGGAAGCAGCCAGCUACACACUAACGUCACAAUCCUCACAAAGAGGAAGCAGCCAGCUACACACUAACGUCACAAUCCUCACAUAGAGGAAGCAGCCAGCUACACCCUAACGUCACAAUCCUCACAUACAGGAAGCAGCCAGCUACACCCUAACGUCACAAUCCUCACAUAGAGGAAGCAGCCAGCUACACACUAACGUCACAAUCCUCACAUAUUGAACAGAUCAGUGGCGGCUCAUGUCGUUACAACGACUGGAAGAAAUUAAUGAAAACCGUUUCUGUUUGGCAAGUUUUAUAUUGCAUGACAGUCCUUUUCUCUGCCUCUGACCCGGCCUCUCCUCUCCGUUGUUUAUUAAACUUUCCAUCUGUUCUGUGGGUUUCCCUUCCCAUCUCAUAAAUUAAUGGAAGUCCCUUAUUCCCUCGCUAUUCGUCUUUCUCAACAAAUCCGACCGCACACUUUUUAUAUUGUAAAUGUAUAAAAGGUUAUUAUGAUUUUGAACUUUUACAAUUGGCAACAAUAGACCAUUUAAAUUGCAACAUUUCGUUGUUAUAUUUACAAUACACCAGCACAGUCAUAAUGUAAUGUCUUAGUUUUUUGGGUAAUUAAGAUAUGAUUUAGAGGGUGAAUUAAGAUAUGGUUUGAACACUAUAAGUGGAGGCAGGGAAGAAGCCACAGCUCCAUAGGACUGGUCAGCUGUAAUACCAGACUCAGAGGGGUUUCCUCCAAUGUGUUUGGAGCUGUACACGUGACUGUUCCCAUUCUCCAUGUUGGCCUGUAGGGCACUGAGAGAGACCACACAAGUUUCUGAAUUAUUGUGGUCUGAUUUUCCUACCUGCUUGUUAUCUGCAGUAGUACUGUAUAUUAGUUAGUGAUCUACCUGCUUGUUAUCUGCAGUAGUACUGUAUAUUAGUUAGUUAGUGACCUACCUGCUUAUUAUCUGCAGUAGUACUGUAUAUUUGUUAGUUAGUGACCUACCUGCUUAUUAUCUGCAGUAGUACUGUAUAUUAGUUAGUUUGUGACCUACUUGCUUGUUAUCUGCAGUAGUACUGUAUAUUAGUUAGUUAGUGACCUACCUGCUUAUUAUCUGCAGUAGUACUGUAUAUUAGUUAGUUUGUGACCUACCUGCUUGUUAUCUGCAGUAGUACUGUAUAUUAGUUAGUUAGUGACCUACCUGCUUAUUAUCUGCAGUAGUACUGUAUAUUUGUUAGUUAGUGACCUACCUGCUUAUUAUCUGCAGUAGUACUGUAUAUUUGUUAUUUAGUGACCUACCUGCUUGUUAUCUGCAGUAGUACUGUAUAUUUGUUAGUUAGUGACCUACCUGCUUGUUAUCUGCAGUAGUACUGUAUAUUUGUUAGUUAGUGAUCUACCUGCUUGUUAUCUGCACUAGCAUGUGCAGCAGCAGUUGUUAGCUUGUCUCUGUGGGAAACAGUAGCUAGGUUUCCUGAUGUUCUGUGUCUCUCCUCCACCCUCUGCUCCAUGGGAAGGAGGAAGCUUGUCUUCUCAGAGCUCCUAGAGCUCCUCAACAGGUGGACCCUGGGAACUCCUGCCCCCCACUACCCCUUAAUGCCACCCCAGCCAACUCCACAUUCCCAGCUGUUAUGUUGUCUAUGGGCUGAUGCCAGGGGAUCUACUGUGCAUUUGGGGUACAAUGGGCAUCCUCUCAUCCCAGCUAUAAACAGUCAUGGGAAUGAGAAGAGGUGAUCAACCAGGAGAAGUGGGAGAGGGAUGUGCGCUCGGCCUCCAGUCUGGACGAGCUGCUCAUGCUGACAGAUUUCCCUGACUGGAAGCUGUGGAAGUGUCGUCUACAACUCAAACACCUGGAGACGUCGCCCUCAUCCUCUUCCUCUCAGCAGCCCAACCACCGUUCCUCCUCCUCCUCCUCCGCUGGAUCUGGGUCACACCGCUCCACGCGCUACGCUGUAGCAUCCUACAGCCUGGAGAUACUCAAAGCUAUAGACGAUGAGUGGCAGAAGACCCAGUGCAUGCCCAGAGAGACGUGUGUCGACGUGGCAAAGGAACUGGGCACCACGACCUCCAUGUUCUUCAAGCCCCCCUGUGUGUCCGUCUUCAGGUGUAACGGAUGCUGCAACAAAGAGGGUGUCUCGUGCAGAAACACAAGUACUGCCUAUGUUAAUAAAACACUGCUGAGUGUGAUACCGUUCAAAUACGGACCUGAGCCGGUGUUGAUAAAGGUAGCCAAUCACACAGAGUGUAAGUGUAUGGAACCACCCCUGAUCCGACGGCAAGCCCAUAUACGCUCUCACAGGAGGAACGGGUGCUCUCCGAUGCGUCAGCUCUCUAAAUCAGAGAACUCCAGGCGCCUGUGUGCCAGUGGGUUGAUCUGGGACUGCAUGGCCGACCGUUGUGUGUCCUACCCCUCCACUGACCAACCAGACUUCUCUCCCAAAAUCAGAACGGUGGACUGUGACAUAGAUGUUGACAGGUGUGACUGUGUCCCAGACCGCACUAACCUGUCCCCACAGCCCACCCUAACCCAGGACUCAGACAAUCCUACCCUGCAUGUCACCUGAACCAUACUGCCUGUGCUAACAACAAACAGCACUUCAACCAUGCCUCUUGCAGAUGCCAGUGAUACUAAGAAGAAUAUAACCUUUGACAUCGGCUUGGCUUUGAAGUUUGGAAGCAGAGAAAAAGUUAAUAAUUUAUUUAUAUCGCUAUUUAUAUAUCUAACUUCAAAUAAAAUAGUUUAUCUUUCUAAUCUACAUACAUGACCCUGUUACGUUUGAUCUUUUUUACGCUUUACAUGUUUUAUUUACAUGUGUAAAUUAUUAGUAUUUCUAUGCACUGAACAUGUAUUUUAAGCUAAAGAACGAUAUUUUUGUAAUAAUUGCUUCCAACAUUUGUAAAUAUAAUCGAAGUUUGUCCUUUUGGUGUCUAUCCUUCAUAUUUAUAAUUAAAGUUUUAACAGUUUUGUUCAA